AUGGAAGAUGUAGAGAAGAAGAGGACAAGGGAGAGGAGAAGAAGAGGACAAGGAAAAGAAGAAGAAGGCAAGGGAGAGAAGAGGACAAGGGAGAAGAGAAAAAGAGGACAAGGGAGAGGAGAAGAAGAGGACAAGGAAAAGAAGAAGAAGGCAAGGGAGAGGAGAAGAGGACAAGGGAGAGGAGAAGAAGAGAACAAGGAAGAGAAGAAGAAGACAAGGGAGAGGAGAAGAGGACAAGGGAGAGGAGAAGAGGACAAGGGAGAAGAGAAAAAGAGGACAAGGGAGAGGAGAAGAGGAGGACAAGAAAGAGGAGAAGAGGACAAGGGAAAGAAACAGCUUGCAAGACCAAAAAAUAUGACAAGGCUAAAAAAUAAACAAACUUUAACAAUAAAACCAAAGACUAAUAUAUACAUCAGCAGUAACAAGAACGAUUUAACUUCAUAG